AUGACAAGGCGCACUGUUCCAGACGAAAAUCUGCCUGGAAAUCCCCAUGGAGCGCAAUUGGCCGCCAGCAUGAACUCGUUCCCAAAUCCCAGAGCCUCGUUUGCCGACGAGAUCCUUCGUGAAGGGUACGCCAAGUUUUUUGAAAGACAAACAGUCUUGUUGACUGGCAGUACGGGCUCCUUGGGGGGAUGUCUCUUGUAUAAACUUACUCUGCAACUUCCAACCCGAAAGAUCUAUGCUUUGAUUCGGAGCACACCCGAGGCAGCUUUUGCCAAAUGGCGCAAGGCCAUGCCGAUUCAAUCCCAGGCCAUUGUAUCGUCCAAAAAGGUGGAAUAUGUGAUCGGCGACAUCAAAGCCGAGAAUUUCAAUGUUGCCCCCGACGUGCUGGAAACGCUCAAGAGCGAGGUCACUCUGGUUAUUCAUACCGCGGCCAAGAUCAGUCUUGAUGCCAGUCUACACGACGCGAUCGAGAACAACUGCCUGCCUUCGCUGGAAUUGGCUCGCAUGGCCUCUCAAUUUCGACGGCUGAAACUGCUCGUUCAGAUCUCCACCGCGUAUGUAAAUAGUUUCCUGCCCGAUGGACCGGUCCUCGAACGUGCAUAUACACUUGCGGACCUCGACCCCGAGGAAGAAUUAGCAUCAGCUUUCGCAAUCCAACCGACUAGGAGUCCCUCUCCCGCGGCCAGUGAUCGAUUCUCGUCAACGUAUGCACAUGCCAAGUACCUCAUGGAACGACUUCUUCUCUCGCGUUAUCCACUCCUUCCCAUCUUGCUUCUUCGCCCGACCAUCUUCGGCCAAGCCAUACGCCACCCUUUCCCACUUUACGGCCUGGAGAACUCCACCCCCAUGAACAAAUUCUUCCAAUACCUUCUGUCUGACCGUGGAGGUGUCCAGAUCUGGCACGCAACAGAGGGCUACAAGACCGGCGCCAAUAUCCUCGACGAGAUCCCCGUGGAUUUGGUCGCCAAUGCAUGUCUCCUGCAUGCGGCGGCCCGAACGACGGGGAUCGUACAGAUCGGAUCGGAACUUUACCACCCUCUCACCUUUGACGAUUUCCUGGAGAUUGCGGUGUCGAAUGCCCCGCCGGUGAUCCGACGCGAAUUGCCGCAGGUAGUCUUCACCGAGGAUCGGACGGCUCAGCAGUGCUUUUUGGCGGAGAUGGUGAGGGUGGCGUCGAGGAAUUGGUUGUUUCAUUGUGGUCGGUCGUACUGGCUGAAGCAGGUCGGGGGGGCCUUGAGUCUUUGUGUGGACAAGGGGGAGGCCGAGGAGUUGAAUCGGAGGCGUAUUCGCGACAUUUACAAGCGUGCUGUGGACAUGGCGAAGAUUUAG